AUGAUAUCCAACCUUGCCGCUCGUGGCAUUCAACUCCAGACAUUGAAUCAAUAUGCAACCCUGGGACUUCAAAGAGACCGCUUACGGAAUGCCGGUUUCACCUCCGCCCAGGGGGCGGCAGAUAUUGACUUUAUUUGGGAAAAGUGGAUUGGCGAGGAGGAAAAAGAGAGGGUGGGAGGGCUGGAAAUGUUAGAUGAAAUUGAAGAGUGGCGGCUGCUGGCGAGGCAUUACUGUGUGGCAUGGGGGUGGAGGGGAGGUGAGGAUGCCGGAGAAGGGGGGAGCGAGUUUGAAGCCUGGAGGGGAUUGAAAGAGGAACAAAAUGAAGCAGCAUAA